UUUGCUCUUUCUUAGUUCAGUUCUGAAUAACAAAAUUGAUAGACCUAAUCAUCAUCGUGAUUAUCAUAAUCAUAUAUUCUAUGAUCGGGUGUGUUAUCGAAGCAUUUCAGUUGAUAAAUGGAGUGAUUUAGUGUUGGAAGAUUAUUCUUGAUUGAUUGUAAUAUAUGGAAUGCCUCUGAAAAGAUAAUUGCUAUUACAAGAGGUUUAUGUAAAUUUAGGGAAUGCAACUGUUAUAAGCUGUAUUAUGAUUCUGUGAAUUUGGUGCCAGUGCUGUGAUGCUGAGUAGGAUCUUGAAUUUGUGGACUGAAACUUGGAUUAUAUGGUUACAGGUUGAUUUGUGUAGGUUACAGAUGGAUUCGUUAUUAAUUUUAGUUGUAAUAUUUGGAUGUUUAGGUCUGUUGAGGUGCUGGGGUGAUGGACAGGUUGUUGAAACUUAAAGUAGUAGGAAAUAAUAGAAAGAUAAAAGGAUAUUACUAGAAAAUAUCAACUAGCAUUUCAAGCAAUUGCAAUUGGCAUCUGUAAGCAAAGCAUGAUUAUUGCAUGAAAUGCUUCGCUCAGCCAAAAAAGGGAACUCAAAAUUUACCUGGAAGGUACUUAUCAUGGACAAACUAACUGUGAAGAUAAUGUCUUAUUCAUGCAAGAUGGCAGACAUCACACAGGAAGGAGUUUCAUUGGUGGAAGACAUACACAAGCGAAGACAACCAUUGCCCUCCAUGGAUGCUAUAUACUUCAUCCAACCAACCAAAGAGAAUGUUACCAUGUUCUUGUCGGACAUGUCUGGAAGGUCACCUCUGUAUAAGAAGGCGUUUGUUUUCUUCAGUUCACCUAUUUCUAGAGAAUUGGUGUCUCACAUCAAGAAGGAUACAAUUGUCUCACCUCGCAUAGGUGCACUAAGCGAGAUGAAUUUGGAGUACUUUGCAAUGGACAGCCAGGGUUUUGUCACUGAUAAUGAAAGGGCCUUAGAGGAACUUUUCUGUGAUGAGGAAAAUACUUACAAAGGUGAUGCGUGUUUGAAUGUGAUGGCUACCCGUAUUGCAACAGUUUUUGCUUCACUGAAGGAAUUUCCUUCUGUGCGCUAUCGAGCUGCCAAAUCACUUGAUGCAAUGACAAUGACUACGUUUCGUGAUCUAAUUCCUACAAAGCUUGCUGCUGGAGUUUGGAACCAUCUUGUGAAAUAUAAGCAAAUUAUUAAGAAUUUCCCUCAGACAGAAACGUGCGAAUUGCUAAUCCUUGACCGUUCGGUUGAUCAGAUUGCUCCUAUAAUACAUGAAUGGACAUAUGAUGCCAUUUGCCGAGAUUUACUGAACAUAGAAGGAAAUAAAUAUGUGCAUGAGGUUCCUAGUAAAACAGGUGGUCCACCUGAGAAGAAAGAAGUUCUCUUGGAGGAACAUGAUCCUAUCUGGCUUGAACUUCGCCAUGCACAUAUAGCAGAUGCUAGUGAACGGUUGCAUGAAAAAAUGACCAACUUCAUAUCAAAAAAUAAAGCUGCACAAAUUAAACAUGGUUCAAGAGAUGGUGGUGAGCUUUCUACAAAGGAUUUGCAAAAGAUGGUUCAAGCUUUGCCACAAUACAGUGAGCAAAUUGACAAGCUUUCCCUCCAUGUAGAGAUUGCGGGAAAAGUCAACAGAAUCAUUAGAGAGAUAGGACUUCGAGAACUUGGGCAGCUGGAGCAGGAUCUUGUUUUUGGAGAUGCAGGACUGAAGGAUGUAAUUAAAUUUUUGUCUACAAAAGAGGAUGUAACUCGUGAAAAUAAGUUGCGUUUGUUAAUGAUUGCUGCAGCCAUUUAUCCUGAGAAGUUUGAUGGUGAAAAGGGUAUCAAUUUGAUGAAGUUAGCAAAAUUACCACCUGAUGAUAUGACUGCUGUGAAUAAUAUGAGACUGCUGGGAGGAUCUUCGGAUAGCAAAAAAAGUGCAUCUGGAGCCUUUACUCUUAAAUUUGAUAUUCAUAAGAAGAAGCGAGGAGUCAGGAAAGACCGCACUGGUGAAGAAGAACCAUGGCAAUUGUCACGCUUUUACCCAAUGAUUGAGGAACUUAUUGAGAAACUUAGUAAAAGAGAACUAUCAAGGGAUGAUUAUCCAUGUAUGAAUGACCCUAGUCCAACUUUCCAUGGGACAACACAGUCAGCAUUAGUAAAUCAAAAUCCACCAGCACAUUCUAUGAGAUCUAGACGGACAGCAACAUGGGCUCGGGCUCGAACAGCUGAUGAUGUUGAUGGAUAUUCAAGUGAACCGGUACUAAGACAUGCAUCCAGUGAUUUCAAGAAGAUGGGUCAACGAAUUUUUGUAUUUAUUGUUGGCGGAGCCACUAGAUCAGAGCUAAGGGUAUGCCACAAGCUCACAACAAAGCUGAACAGGGAAAUUGUUCUAGGUUCAACAAGCCUUGAUGAUCCUCCUCAAUUUAUCACGAAACUGAAGUUGCUAACCGUAGACGAGCUCUCAUUGGAUGAUCUCCAGAUCUAAAUGCGGUGGGGCAGAGAGCUGCAAAUGUGCUCUAUGUUAGUCCCAAUUUCAAGUAUGUAAUCACAAAUAUAUAUAUAUUCAUAUUCGAUUGUAUUGAUAGUUUGAUUGUCAAUACAAAAUGUCUGGCUGUAGAUAAAUUUGUGUUGGCUGUGUCUAAACCCUAAAAUACUGUGUUGUGAGUUUCACUGUAAUAUAGUUAAUGUGGUUAAGUGAUGAAGAAGUUCAUGGGUGUAUUGUCGAUGUGGUAGGGAUAUAAUUAGUAAUUCAUCCCUUUACAAAAUAUAAGUUUUCUUGCUUUGAA